CUUGAAUCUUAACUCUUGAUCUGACUUUGACUCUUUGGUUUGAAAGCCCAGUCUCUCUCAACAAAUGCAUUCUCACGAUGGAACAUUAUCUCAGUAGCGCUGAGCCACGAUUCAUGCAAACGCUGGGUCUUUGAUCAUCUCUAUCGUUUCAUUGUAUUACACGCCUCUUUUCAGCAUCCAACACCAAUAACAAACCAUCUUUGUCGCCCAUAGGAAUGUCAUCGCUGACUACGACUCGACCCUUAUAACGUCCAGCCGAUCUCUGACCUCACCGAAGGUCGAAUAUGGACUUUGCCAAUCUACCACGGCGGUGGCCUUGGUUGGUAGGACUUGCCCUCUUCUCAAUCUUUCUACUGUACCACCUCCACGAAUCUCGCAGCCUAAGCCCAACACCUAAUACUGUGGCCGACGAUUCUAACUCGCCGCUCACCAAUCCGUAUCAACCACCUCCAGUAAGCGAUGAUGGACACUUUCACUGGGAACAUCGUCCCACCCAUUACCCCCUAAAUAGCCUGACUCCUCUACCCACCGGGCAGCCCAAACCCCUUCCUCGAGUGCAACACUCUUUCGGUCCUGAGUCUGCGGCAGAUCGCGAGGUCCGCUUGAGCAGGCAAUCCAAAGUCAAAGAGACGCUCAUCAAAGCGUGGCAGUCGUACCGCAUCCACGCAUGGAUGUACGAUGAGCUGUCACCUAUCUCAGGUCAACCUCGCACUUCCUUUGGCGGCUGGGCCGCCACUCUUGUUGAUACACUUGAUACGCUGUGGAUCAUGGACCUGAAGGACGAAUUCAAAGAAGCUGCCGCUGCCGCCGUCCAUAUCCAAUUUUCUACCUCCACCGAGAGCACGGUCAACAUGUUUGAGACCAACAUCCGGUAUCUCGGCGGCUUCCUCGCUGCUUACGAUCUGAGUGGGGACGAGAGGAUGCUACAUAAAGCCGUUGAAGUGGGCAACAUGCUGUUGGUAGCUUUCGAUACCCCAAACCACAUGCCCAUCAGCCGAUGGCAGUGGAAGCAAGCCGCUGAUGGGAUUGAGAAACAAGUUGCCCCAGGUUUCAUGUUGGUAUCAGAACUUGGCUCCUUCUCCGUCGAGUUUACCCGUCUCAGUCAAGUCACUGGCGACCAUCGGUGGUAUGAUGCAAUUGAUAGGAUCACCAAGCUGUUUGAAAGUCAGCAGCAGAAGACUAAAAUUCCCGGACUAUGGCCUGUUGUUGUGAAUCCAAAAGACAUGGACAUGACGUCAGAUCGUGCCUUUACGCUGGGUGGUAUGUCUGAUUCAUUGUACGAGUACUUCCCAAAGGAGUACGUGCUGCUGGGCGGUUUGAAUCCUGUCUACGAGAGAUUGUAUCAGCGCUCAAUGGCUGCCUCGAUCGAGCAUCUCCUCUUCCGUCCAAUGACCCCGACCAACGCCGACAUACUCUUUGGCGGCGAUGCUCGAGCAGAAGACAGUGGAGUGGCGCUAGAGGCCCGCGGCCAACACCUCACAUGUUUCGCAGGCGGCAUGUUUGCUCUGGGUGGGCGGAUCUUCUCCAAUCCAGAGCACGUCAACAUCGGUCGCAAGUUGACGGAUGCCUGUGUCUGGGCGUACGAGAAUAUGAGCCAUGGGGUCAUGCCCGAAAUAGCACACUUUGUCCCUUGUCCGUCCAAACAAGACUGUACCUGGGACACCGCAAUCUACGAUGCCGCCGUUCUAGAACGGACUGGUUCUUCUGCCGAAAAUCUUAGUAUUGAUGAGAUCCUCGUCCAGAAGCACCUGCCCCCAGGUUUUACCGACAUCGACGACCGCCGCUACAUUCUCCGCCCCGAAGCCAUUGAGAGCGUGUUCAUCUUGUAUCGAAUCACGGGUGACAAAUCAUACCAGGACGUGGCAUGGCGAAUGUUUGAAUCCAUAUUGAACUUGACCUCGACCGAGCUUGCCAACGCAGCCAUUCCAGACGUUACCGCCACUGGAUCGGACGGGAAGCCUCCCAAGGAUGAUCGGAUGGAAAGUUUUUGGUUGGCGGAGACGCUGAAAUACUUUUAUCUGAUUUUCAGCGAGCCUGAUCUGAUAAGCUUGGACCAGUACGUGCUCAACACGGAGGCACAUCCUCUGAGGCGACCAACAUGAGGUAUAUUCACGAUCACGCGAGCCUUUGGGGGCCAUGUCCUCUGGGUUUGUAGGAUCUGUUGCCACAUUACGCCCGACAUUCCAAUCGCCAGGGGGUCGGGUUGAGGGAGCUGACAAACUUCAAUGGUAAACUCCGUCAAUAGUAGACGGGCGUUUGCCCACUAUUGGAUUGUCUUGGAGCCAUCGUCUUUCGCUGGUGGUCAAGGAGGUCGGGUAUCAGACAAAGAAUAUGCCACAGAGGACGGUGUUCCAAGAACAAUGGCUCCCUGGCAUUGCGUGUAUGGUUGCAAGCCCUGUAGAAUCAAGGCUGGGAGAUAUCAGUGACGAAUUUGAAGACAUCUUAGCCUGUUCUCGGAUGGUCAUGAUUGUAUAAUAUUUCAGGGAUGACAGUGACGGAAAGACUGAAAGACACAGUCAUUAUCAAAGAAAG